GUUUGAACUUAUCUUUUAUAUUCUCCUGAAAUAUUCUCUCUAAUUUCGUCCCUAUUUUCUUUCCCUAGUAUUAUUAUUGCUCCAAACGAACCCCUAAACUUUAUCCCUCAGUUAGCUUUGCCUUAUAAUUCAAAUGCUUUUCAGGAUUGCUGAUGAUAAGCUUGUCUUAGCUUCGCUGGAACAAUUUAUCAUACUCAAUAGCAAUGAAUGUUUGUAUGGACCUUUUUUUCCCGGGAUGUUGAAACUACUUGUAAAUCUCUACGCACUGUAUAGGGCUCUAGCCAAAAUCAGCUACCAAAAUUCUUACAGCCUAGAGGCUGAGAGGAUCAUGUUUCAUCUAUUAGCUGAAAAGAAUUGGAAUUUGCUGACCACAAAAAUCAACCCGACGUCUUUGAAAUGGAUGUUCCAACAAGAGAGAAUUUGCAAACUGUUGUCUCUCCAGAUUCUGAAUUUUUUCAGAUCAUACGACAACUUGAAAGGACAGCAAAAUGUAGAUUUACAUGCUGUAGCAGAUCUUAUAGCAUCUGGGGAUAACUUUGCUGGAAUACUCUUUGUUAGUGUCUUAGAAGAGUUGGCAGAUGAAUUUGACAAAGAGAUUGACUCUGGUCUGGGUUUAAGAGCAGUACAAGACAUAAUUGAAAUAGCGCCGCCUGCUUCAGAUCAGUUAUGUUUGCAUGGGAUAUCGUCUGCAAUUCAGAAGUUUUAUCAUCAGUCCAGAUAUUCUUUUUGUCCAGAUGUGUUCAUUUCUAUUUCAGAACUAACUUUUAUGAUUCUACAAGCAGUACAGUCCGAGUCAAUUUCUGAAGAGGAUAACUGGGUUGGCAUAGUAGUGAAGUUGUUGGAUUUCCUCAUACCAUCUGUAACUGCUGAUGGAUGGAGCACGGAAACUCUCAUAAUAAUUGGAAUUUUUUCAAUGAUUCUACAUCAUUCUAUAAAUCAGAAACUGGUUGAAGCUUCAAAAAGCAUACUCUUGAGUGCCCCAUUGGUACAAAUGCUCAGCAACACAAUUACUGAAGCAUGCUGUAAGGGACCUGCUCUACUCGACCAUGAUCAAGCUACAGAGAUCGGGGAAGUUCUAAUUUCUGUGCUUGCAUUAUUAUUCUUCGCAUUUAAAAGGGAUUGUGGACUGCUGGCAUCUUCUUGAUGAGAGUGAGUGCAGCCUGAAACAGCCUCUACCCUAUAUAAGUAUAAAGUGCCGUGACUUGUGCAAGUUGAUUCAUUUUGGCUCCUCUAGAGUAAAACUGGUUGCCUCAUAUAACCUCCUGGAGAUUUUUAACAGUCUAUCAUCAGAAACAUAUGUAACAAAACCAGAUAAGAUAAACUUAGAAAAAGCUUUUUUCUUGUCUGUGAUUGCCAUACUAAAAGGCCUGAUCUUCUGUAGCGACAUUGGAGUUUCUAUGAAUUGCUCCCUUUCUUUGUCAAUGAUCAUUGGGUGGCAAGGUAUGCAGACACAGGUAUUAGCAAUUGAAAGGGACAGUUGGUUUCGGCUGAUCAUGGAAGAAUUGGCUAUGUCUUUGGCUUUUCCGCGUUUGGCAUCAAAGUCCUUCACGGCCUACCACAAGCCAGCGAUUCAUGUAGCCGUUGCAUUGCUGAGGAUGAAGCAAACUCCUCCAUGGAUCACUUCAGUGUUUGAUGAAUCUUGUAUUCAGGGCAUCAUACAUAACAUUUCGGUAUCUAAUUUGAGCUCUGAACUGGUUCUUUUUUUUCGAGAACUGCUUAGCGCUGGAUAUUUGAAGGAUGGACAGAUCUCAUGCUUAAAUCGCAUAUUCCAGGCAUCUCACACCCCUCAUGGUUUAUUCCCUUCUCAACAUAGGUAUGUCACUCACCUUCUUUGGCAUUUCCAUCUUCAUACACUCAAAAUAUGCUCGUACACCUUUUUCAUCUCGCACCACCUUAUCCCUCAAAGAUGUUGAACUUUUGGAUGAUCCUACUAUGUAUCGUAGCAUGGUUGAUGCCUUAGAGUAUUUGACUAUGACUAGACCAUAUAUUACAUACGCGGUACAUUUAGUUUCCCAAUUCAUGCAUGCACCCCGUACUUCACAUUUUUGGAGUUAAACGUAUAUUCCGGUACCUUCAAGGGAAAUCGGAUCACGGUCUGCUACUUCCCCCCAUCUAAGAAUCAUCCAUAAUAAUAACUUAUUUUGACGCUGAUUAGGCUUGUUGUCUAGAUAGAAGUUGUUCCACCACGGGGUAUGCAAUUUUCUUGUUUCCAAAUUUAGUCUUCUGGUGCUCCAAGAAACGGCCUAUUAUCUCCAAAGUCUUAUACAGAAGUUGAAUACAAGACCAUUGCUUACACGGUUCAAGACACUCUACAUGUUCGCUCUAUGCUGUUUGAGCUAGGGUUUCCUCUUUGAGUGCCUAUUAAGCUAAAAUGCAACAAUAUUUAUGCAUCAUAUCUUUCUUCUAAUCCGGUUCAACAUGCUUGCAACAACCAUGCCCGCAUUGGUUACCACUUUGUUAGAAAUGUGUCUCAUGGUGAUUUGAUUGUUGAGUAUGCCCCUACUCAAUUGGGGUUGACUGAUAUGUUUACCAAGAGUCUAUCUUCUCAGAGAUAUCAUUUUCUCAAGCAUAAUUGCACAUUAUUUCUCAUGCACAAAUUGAGGGGUGUAAUAGUUCAUACUUAUGGGGUCUCUUGUUUAAUUUAUAAAACCUUACCUAUUAUAAAUAUCUAUCGGGGCUACCUUUUUUCUCUCUCGAAGUAAACCACACUAGGUGGGGGAGUGCGGGGAACAUCUCCCGAUUUUAUUAAUAAAAGGUUACGAGAUACAGGAGCUAAAGAAAAGCAUUAAAUAAAGCAUACAAGGAAUAUUAAGAAAUUUAGCAGUUGAAAUUUUUUGUCGGAAUUCCAAGAGUAGUUGAGAUAAUUCUGUUGUAUCUGUUGUGGAACUUGAUCGUCUUCUGAAGAUAGGGUUGGUAAGUUGUAGCCUCUGGUUUUGAAGACUUAUAAUGUUUGAUAGCUGCGCCAACUUGUGUGGCGAGUCAAACCUUGGGCCAACCGGGUAUAAGAAAUAAUCAGAUUCAUCUUGAGGUUCGUGAGAGCGACUUCUGGUGACCAUUGGAUGUGAAGCCCAUCCCACCUGGUAGUAUUGUUAUGAAUCUUGGUGAUCGUCAUUAGGGAAUUUGGCUGGGUUCUUAUUUGUGUUUCUUGACUUUCUUCUUCUAGUAACCUCCUAAAACCUUCCAGACAUUCUCCUUCAUUUGGGGAAUAUUGAGUAGGUCCUGAAAAAGUUUGUAAAAAAGCAUUGUUUUCUUCAGUAGAGUAUCAUCGUAGGAUAACUUUGGGGCAUGAGUAGUAUUUUCAUUCGAGGGAUUAGAUAGAAUAUCAUCAUUUCCGCUUUUAGCCUCAGUUAAAUCAUUGGCAGCAGGGGCGCUAAUACGGGUAGGCAAUAGUGCACUGUGAGCACCAUUAAAUGCAGCAGAACCCAUCAACAAGGGAUGAGCAUCGCCUCCGGUUACCGCACGCCUUACUAAAGGUAGCCACCGGAGGCCCAUCCCAAGUUACAAUAGCAUCAAAACCACGGACAAUAGGGGCUGUAUCCUGCUUUUCAUCACUGGCAGAGUGGCAGCAAUCAUAUGGGCCAAAUCAUUGGCAUAUUCUGAAAGGGCAGUAUCAUUGGCUACCUAUUUGAUAAGCCAAUUCAUUACUCCGUAUUAUUUAACACAAAACAAGGCCUAAAUAAAAAUGUAUCAAAUUAAAAAAAAUGUUACUACCUCCGUCCCACUAACAUUGGGACAUGAAGAGAUGAUACGAUUAUUAAGAAAAAUGAGUUUAUUUGGUUGAUACUAAUUUGAUAAAGUAAGAAUAAAAUAAGAAUAAUUUAGAAUUUGGUAUGAGAUAAUUUUAGUGGGACAGAUUGAAAUGGAAAUAUGAGACAAUCUUAAUAGAUUGAUUUUAUAGGGCCUACUUUCAGGAGGUGAAAGACAUAUUUAGCACAGGGGCCAAUUUUUCGAGGGCCCCCAAAAAUAAUACUAUGUACGUACUAUGUUAGUAGUCAUGGACUCGGAGGCUUGAUCUUACAAAUGAUGAAAUAAAGUAUUUUUUAUUGUACGCUUUAAUUAAUGAUUUUGUUUCAAAGGUUGCUAGGAGGACAAUCAUCUUCAAAUUAUAGCUCAUCCACUAUGUAGCUCAUCCACUAUGUAAUAUUGUUUUAAGAUUAUCUAAUUUUUGUACUUUAUCAAUAUAUAAUUUAUAUUUUCUUAGGUAAUUUAAUAUAUUUUUAUUUUAUGAAAUUUAAUUACAUUAAUAUAUAGUACUACCUCUGUUCCAAAAACUUUGUUACCUUUAAAACGUUAACCAACUAUAUUUUUAUUGAAAAUUAUUUAUAAUAUAAAAAUGAUAUGAAAAUGUUCUUUGGUAAAAAAUUAUAAAAUUUAUAACUUUCAUAGUAUUAUACUAAUCAAAAUCAUGGUUCAAAUUUUAUGAAAUGACAAAGUUUUUUGUGACGGAGGUUGUAUUGUUUUUACUUUUUUUUCGGGAUCUCAAUUCAUCUUUCAGACGAGGCCCUCUAAAAUCUAGGUGACUGACCCUCGAUAUAUAUAUAUAUAUAUAUAUAUAUAUAUAUAUAUAUAUAUAUAUAUAUAUAUAUAUAUAUAUAUAUAUAUAUAUAUAUAUAUAUAUAUAUAUAUAUAAUAAAGCAAACCCUUGGAGAACUCUUUAGAUGAAUUCUUGACAUGUGGCAACAUCCUUUAUGUGAAAAAAUGACAUGUGGUAACACAAUAAAUUCAAGAAAAAACUAUUCAACUUUCAAAACUUUACUCUUAUGUAUUCCAUAUAUAUAUAUAUAUGUAUUUAUAUUUAUAGAUGUAUAUAUAUAAAUAUAAAUAAUUAGUAUACUUGAAAAUAAUAUUGGUAGUCAAAUAUAAAUAAAUAAUAUUUAUAUUUAAAUGGACAGGGCAAGUUUAAUUUAUUUUUAAAAAAAAUGUCACUGCAUUUUUUUUAUGGUAACACAUACUUCUACUUCACAUAAUGCACAAUUUUCAAAUCUAACGUUCUGGUUCAUUCUAAUUCUCUUCAUAGAUUGCAUUCUCAUUUGAUCGCCCAAAUUACAUACUUCCUCCAUCCCUAAAAGAUUGUCCUACUUUGACUUCACACAAAUUAAGGAAAUGAAUUUAACUUCACACUAUAGUGACAUUGUUUGACACUGUAGCGACACUGUUUUGCACUGUUUAAUGUAGUUUUGUUUUUCGAAUAAGAAACUUAAAAAGGUAUGACAAACAUUUUGGGACAUCCAUUUCGGGAAAGUAGGACUAACAUUUAGGGACGGAUGGAGUAUAUAAGAAACUAAAAUACUAAACACACAAUACUUAAUUGAUAAGUUUAAUUGAAAAUAUUAUUACAUCAUUGUUGUACUAAAAUUUGAUAACUGUUACAUUGUACUACCUCCGUCCCACUAACAUUGGAACAUGAGGUGGUGACACGAUUAUUAACAAUAACGAGUUUAUGUUGUUGACAUUGAAUUGAUAAAGUAAGAAUAAAGUAAGAAUGAUUUAAAGCCACACAAAUGUUACCUAAUUUUGUAUGAGACAAUGUUAGAGAGACGGAUCGAAAGGGAAAGAUAAGAAAAUCUUAGCUGGAGGGAGACAUGGAGUAUCUAUCAAAAGCACUCAUUGUACAAAAAUAAAGACGCAAUUUACAUCUUUUGAGUAAACAUUUGUAAAAAAUGACUAUUAAUUGUUAAGAAAUUACUUUCAACAAUAACAUAAAAAAUAUGCUAGAGUAAUUUUUUUAAUAGUAAUUUAUUUAAAUAAUUAUUAUAUAUAGAAAUAAUAGUUCAACAAGGGUUGUAAAAUAAUAAGUAUAUUUGAAAACCAUCAAUAUUGAAGACAAAAAAUUAAAAAAACAUAUGUUUAUAUUUUGGGUUAUUCACAAUCUGCAUGGGUCAACUCACUUAACAUGCAACCCUUGCAAGUUGACCCACGAAACCAGUGAGUUCAUUAGGUAAAAAAAUGACAACUCUUGCCCAUCGUGAAAUGGGAUGAAAUGGGCUAGCCCUAGGGACUUUGACUCAUUUUGGCAGCUCUUUUCACAGUCAAGUGAUUUUUUUUAAACCCUGAUUGACGAAUUCACAUACAAUUCAUUUCUCUUACAAUUUCAAUAAAAACUUUAAGUGCAUAUUUUGUCGUGCGGUGCACGGGUACACAUACUAGUGUGUGUGUGUAUGAGUGUAGUAACACGCAGGUUUUGGCAUAUGCAGGACUGUAGAAGAGGUAUUUACAGAGACAAAGUUCAAGAUGUUAGGAAAAAGCACGCACACAAUAAUAGCGCUGCAGCUAUUCAAUGUGAUUUAAGAAAAGCAAGUGAGUUUUUCAUUAAUCUCAUGGAAUCACAUUCGUCCGUUACUUUUUUGCCUAGUGCACGUCAAAGUGAAAACAGGAGAUUGUUGGAAGAAAUAGAAGCGUUUUCGAAGUGUCUAAUGGUAGAUGAUUAAGGCCGCUUAUAGAUUUUGUAUAAAUUUUUAACGUUAUCUCUUUUUCAUCUUCUCACGUCAUAUUUUAACUAGAAAGUAGUUAUUUCAGAUUUUUGAACAUUUUACUGAAUGAAUACGAAUUCUUAUCUCUGUUGAGGAUAUGUUUGGUGUUAGAAUAAUACUUCUGCUU